CGUCCGGCGUCGGCCACACCCUAGCAGAAGCCCUUUUUUGCUCUCUCGCGACGCACGGCGCUGGUCAGGUCCGUGGUCACGGCGUGCGCCGUGCAUGCGAAUUGAACGCACCGCCUUUUCCUAGCUCGCUCCCACCCCAGCGUCCCCGUAGCCUUUACGCCACGCACGCCCCUAUAUAAGCCCGGCACGGCGAGCGAUCACCAUCCACCACAAUUGCACGAAAGCAACAGCCAGCAAGCAAGCUCACCUGGCCACCAGCUGCCUAGCCUAGCUACCACCAGUCGCGAUCGCAGCUUAGCCACUUGAGACUUGACUCGAUCGGCAUGGCAGGCAAGGCGGCGGCCCUGCUGGUCCUCGCGGCGCUGGUGGCGGCCGCGGCGUGCCCGGGCUCGGCAACGGCGCGCGACGUCCCGCGCGCCGCCGAGGAGGGCGCGGUGAGGCGGCCGGAGACGAUCCAGGAGGGGACGGUGCUCAUCCCGGGGAUCGGACGGUACGAGCUGGGCAGCCACUACAGGCCGGACAUCGGCGGGCUGGACCACAGCAUCCCGGCCGCCGCCCACGGGCAGUUCAUCCCCGGCGCCGACGACACCUGGGUGCCCAACCCCGGCUUCGAGGUGCCCAACCCAUUCCGCCCCGCAGCCACCACCGAGUCCCCCUGAUGGGUCGGUCAAGCCGGCCGGCCAGCACGCCGUCCGUCCGCGUUAGACCCAUCGACCGAUGGGUAGCUACUAGCCUGCCAUGAACCAAUCUCCGCUAGCUUUUUUUGGUUGCUACAAUAAAAUACUAGCUGCUACACGUACGUAGGCAAGGCAUGCGUAUGCAUGAACCAGCGGCCGCGUGCGUGCGACCGCGCGCGCUGUCUCGACGUUUUGUGUGUGAUUCAAGAGUGUACCCGUAUGGGGUAUGCGUGGAUGCGUAGGAAGGAAGCAUCCAUCGCAUAUCUCGCUUUGGUUUGUUGUUGCCAAUGAUGUGUUUCAGUUCACUGAGUUUCUUUUUAGUUCAAUAUAAUUAAGGUGUUGAUGAGGAA